AUGUCUUCAGCUUCGUCCCGUGCUGGGUCAAUCACAUCGGCUCACGUCGAUAUGGACGAACAGGGUCCGUCAUGCCUAUACCACAUCUACAGGAGGCCCUUCCAUCGGCGCUAUGAGUUCAAAUCUCCAGACGACCAAACCGUAUACUACGGAGACGUCUCCUUGUGGACCUUCAAAAGGCCCGACAUUAUUCUACAUGCAGGGGACAGCGACAAAGGCCCCGUGGUGGCCGUCAGCAAGUUCCUCAAAUUCUCCGGCGACUACAAGUUGUGUCUCGGCAACCCUGACGAUGUGAACGCUCAGUGGGAGGACAUGACGAAGGAGUCCGCUCUGCAUUCGAGACAUCGGUUUGAGAUGACCGUGCCGAGCCAGACGGGGGACCCCAAUAUCGAAAGGCGCUCUUUUCUCUGGAAACGAACUCGCCAUGUCAAGGUGGAUGACUCGACUUCAUCCAUCUGGGGACUUCGAAAUUUUAAGCUGGUUGAUGAGCGAACGGAUCAACUUAUGGCCGUCUUCACCGAUGAGAAAUCCAUAUCCAAAUGCGGAAAGCUUCAGAUCAAGGCAGAAUACGGGGGAAGCUUUGAUAUAAUGGUCUUGAUCUCAUGUGUGAGUCUAUAUGAGAGGGCAAGACGCCGCAAUAGAUCAGCAAGUGGAGGUGGUGGGGGAGGAGGUUGA